ACUUAACAGCCAAUCCGCUCCAGUUUAGCACGGUUGGCGCGAAUCGCAUCUCCAAUCCUUCUCGCGCGAAACGCGUCAGACUUGCGCUUGGAGAGUCAAACGCGGGGACAAAAGGACUUACGUAGUCAAAUCCCAGUAGUCAAAAAACUCGCUUCUUCUCUCUAACCUCUGUCUCUCUCUCUCCAUGCCAGAACUCCGCCGCCCUCCUCUCCCCGCCGGGAAAUGACGUCCUCCGCCGUAACUCCUGCUCCGGCGGUCGAAUCCAUCAACCGCUCGCUCUCCGAGAUCUCCGCCUUCUCCUCCUCCUCCUCCGACUACGCGUGGGACCCACCCCGCCGCUUCUCCGGCUACGCCAAGCGCCUCCACCUCAUCGUCAACCAGUGCGUCAGAUCCUCGCCGGAAACCACCCCCCCUUCCGUAAACACCGCCUUCAAAGGCAUCGCCGGAGAACUGACGCAAGCCCUAGAGACGCUCUCUCUUUACAAAAAUAGAAGCAAAAUCUACGUACUCAUCCACUGCCAGACGCUGUGCGCAUCUCUCCACGAGCGCACGGUAGCAAUUGGCGCAUGGCUCGCUUUACUCGACUCUGCUCUUCUCUCCAACCCCGAUCUCCACAAAAAAACUGCCGAUCUCUCUCGAGACAUGCAACAAGCCCAGUUCAAAGUGACGGAGAAUGAGGAGAGGGUGUACUGCACCCUCCAGAAAGAAGCGCAAAUUAGACAGAGCAGCAAAGCGGUCCAAAGCGCGAUCAUUAUGGAUCUCGCCCGUGCGCUUGGCAUGGAUUCUGAGAAACAUGCCGAGCUGGCCGAGCAGAUCCGUCUCCUCAAAUUGGACCUCGCUGGCUCCAACCCUGUCUCUGACCGUCGGAUUCUAAUCUCGCUGGAGCGGAUUUUUGAAAGCUGGUUGGUUGAGCCUGACAUCUCCUCUCGAGUUAUUGACCUUGAUCUGGAAGAUGAAUCCCUCAUCCCACCGUUCAAAAACUUUAUCUGCCCGCUGACAAAGGAGGUCAUGAAAGAUCCAGUUGUCCUCGAGUCUUCCCAGACUUAUGAGCGGACCGCUAUCAAGUACUGGUUUGAUCGGUGCAUUGAGGACGGGCGUGAUCCAACCUGUCCUGUCACAGGACAGGUUCUCAAGACCUUGGAGCAGAAGCCGAACAUCAAUCUUGCUGGGGCAAUUGAGGAGUGGUUAAAUCGGAACAUUGAAAUUCAGAUCAAAGCGGCAGUGCAGCAUCUUGGCAGCGAGGAUCCUUCUUCAUUGGUGGAAUCCGUUGAACGGGUUUUGGAAAAUGUUUAUAAGAUCUCAGAGGAGCAUCCAUCGAGCAGAUACAGAAUUAGGAAUGCGGGGAUUGUUGUUCUCAUAGUUAAAUUGCUGAGGAACUGUUCCAAGAGUAUUGGUUCCCACGUGAGAAGCAAAGCUCUUUUGGUGCUGCUUAGUAUGGCCAAGGAUGAAGAGAGCAAGCAAAUAAUGCUUGAAGAGGGUGUGACUAGAUUAGCCAUCCAUAGUCUAACUGCGAGCUUGGAAAAGGAGAGGGAGUAUGCUGUGAAGUUAUUGCUUGAAUUCUCAUGUGAUGAAGGUUAUUGCACCAAAAUAGCAUCACAAAAAGGGGCUCUGGUUCUUCUCACAAGUAUGACUGGAAACUUAGAGCAUCCCGCUUUAUCUAACCUAGCUGAAGAGGUCCUAAGAAAAGUGGAAAAAGUGGAGGAAAAUGUUCAACAUUUGGCAGCAGCUGGAAGAUUUCAACCUUUGCUUACUCGUCUCUGUGAAGGUACUGAAGACGUUAAAAUAGAGAUGGCGACAUUGGUAGGAAAUAUGACUUUGACAAACGAUGGUAAAGAACAUAUUGCUCAGCAUGGUAUUAAGGUACUUGUUGGCAUGCUUUCUUCCAAGCUGGAGGGAAGGACAUCAAGCUUGCGAGCGUUGCAUAAUCUGUCAAGCUUGGAUGACAAUGCUACUAUCCUAGUUGAUUCGGGUGUGCUUGUACAACUUACAAAUAUUCUCUUCGAAGAUGGCCAAGAUGAUCUGUCAGAGCUAAAGGAAUUGGCAGCGUCAACAACGGCAAACAUUGUGUCAAAGGCAGGGCACUGGGAAUUGGCAUCUGUAGAUAAGCGCGGGCGUUCCAUGCAGUCAGAAUUGACUAUCCACAGCCUUUUGGGGCUUUUGUCUCAUGCAUCACCGAAAUGUCAAGUGGCACUUCUCCAAAUUCUCUGUGGAAUUGUAUCUUCCCCCCAAGCGUCAGAGUCAGCAGCUGCCCAUAUAAAAAGCGGCAAUGGUAUUGCAACCAUUGUAUCCUUUCUCGAACACCCAGAAGUUGAUCAUAGAAUCUAUGCGUUCAGGCUUACAAGUUUACUCUCCGAAAGGUUGGGUCCAGAUCUGGCUGAUGAGCUGAGAGCUUCUAACAAGCUACCCUUAUUGAAAGAGAAGCUAUUAGACAUUCAGUGCAAGUCAGGUGAGAGAUCUGAAGCUGCAUGUAUACUUGCCAACCUCCCCAUAUCAGACAAUGAGGUGAAAACAGUUCUAGGAACUAGUCUUGUACAAUGGGCCAUCACUACUCUCAAAGAGCAGCCAGGAAGCACUGCUGGAAGGAACACAAGGCCCACCCCAAGCAUGGUGGAGGGCCUUCUUGGCCUCUUAUUGCACUUUGCAAGGAAUCCCGAUCCAACGGUACUGGCCAUACUUAAAGAACAUCAUCUCAUGGCUGUUUUCCUCAAUCAGCUUAGAUUCGCUUCGAAAUCGACAGUGAAGCAGCGUGCUGCUCUUGGAUUAAAGCACUUAUCAGAGUCCGCAGGGGCACUGGUCACGGCUAGAGACCCGAAACCCCAACUCCCACAUGGUUUUUGCAUACCCUUGAUGUUUAUGUGUGGAAAGGCGCCAAUGGUACCCGAGACAUGUCCGAUACAUGCGGUUAUAUGUGAUGAGGAUAAUUCAUUUUGCUUGCUCAAAGGGAAAGCCAUCAAGCCACUCUCCAAUCUUCUGAACGAUGAAAACACAGACGUUCAAAUAGCAGCGGUUGAAGCAUUGUCCACGCUCAUAGUGGAUACGCACAACCUAAAGCGCGUGGUCGAUGAGCUCGAUCAGCUUGGCAUUGUUGACAACCUAACUACACUAUUCACAGAGGUCAGGCCGGGAAUGCUCCAAGAGAGGUCGAUUUGGAUGGUGGAGAGGUUCUUGAGAGUGGAAACCCAUGCUCAGCUGUAUUCGGUUGAUCAGGGCCUUGUAAGGGCUUUGGUAGAAGCAUUUAAACAUGGGAAUGGCAAUACAAAGCGGCAUGCGCAGGAUGCUCUAACCAACCUGAAACAACUGUCUGGGGUCAGCGGGAAAACCUCGAGUCAAACAGGAGGACGGCGGUUGAUGAAUGACCGUUGAGCAAUUCAUUUGUAUGGAAUCAUCUGCUGGGUUACAGUCAUGUCUUUGUAGCUCCAAUGUUGUAUUGUUGUAAGGAGACGUUGAUAUUGUGACCAUAUUUUGUAAAUUAUUGCAUCCAUCAUCGAUUUUGUAAAGUAAUCAAUUACCAGUGGAAUCUCGUGCA